UUUCCUACUCUUCCCCCCCAAAAAAAAAUUACCAUCCGAGCUUUGAAAAUGCACUGCUCAAUUUUCACUGUGUUUCUGACUCUGGAUUUCGCGAUGAUCGCCUCUUGUCUGUCGACCUGCAACACUAUCGAUAUGGAGCUGUUCAUGAAGAAGAGGAUCGAGGCCAUCCGAGGGCAGAUCCUCAGCAAACUGAAACUGACAAACCCUCCGGAAAAUCACCCGGAGCCAGAAGAGGUCUCCUCGGAGGUGAUCGCUAUUUACAACAGCACCAGGGAUUUGCUGCUGGAGAAAGCCAACGAGAGAGCUGCCACUUGCGAGCGGGAGCGGAGCGAGGAGGAAUAUUAUGCCAAAGAAGUUUACAAGAUAGACAUGAACACGAAUGGCUAUCCGGAAAAUGUCAUUCAAUCCCAAAAAUACAACCCAUACUACACGCAAGUGCAUUUCGAUGUCAGUUCAAUGGAGAAAAAUGUUUCCAACCUGGUGAAUGCGGAGUUCAGAGUGUUUCGCGUACAGAAUACCAAGGCAAAAGUAGAAGAGCAACGGAUAGAACUUUAUCAGGUUCUAAAAUCGAAAGAACCUUCAUCUCCAGCCCAGCGGUACAUCGACAGCAAAGUCGUACGGACACGAACGGAAGGAGAGUGGUUGUCCUUCGAUGUCACUGAGACAGUAAACGAAUGGCUGCUCCAUCGAGACCGCAAUAACGGAUUUAAAAUAAGUCUGCAUUGCCCGUGCUGUACUUUUGUGCCGUCAAACAAUUAUAUCAUCCCAAAUAAGAGCGAAGAGCUGGAAGCAAGAUUUGCAGGGAUUUAUGACUAUCCAAGAGGUUAUUCUAGCAGUGAUAUGAGAAAACUGAAGAAUAAUAAAAAUUACAAUGAGAAAAAGGCACACCUUCUCUUGAUGUUACUACCGUCCUAUAGACUUGAGUCCCAGCAACCUUCUCGGCGGAAGAAACGUGCACUAGAUGCCGCAUUUUGUUUUAGAAAUGUGCAGGACAACUGCUGCUUACGCCCACUGUACAUUGACUUCAGGAGAGAUCUCGGUUGGAAAUGGAUCCAUGAACCCAAAGGUUAUGAGGCCAACUUUUGUGCAGGCGCCUGCCCUUACUUAUGGAGUUCAGAUACUCAACAUAGCAAGAUACUCAGCCUCUACAACAAUAUAAAUCCUGAAGCCUCUGCCUCUCCGUGCUGUGUUUCUCAAGACCUGGAGCCACUCACUAUCCUCUACUUCGUUGGCAAGACUCCGAAAAUUGAACACCUUUCGAACAUGGUGGUCAAAUCUUGCAAAUGCAGCUAAAAAUGAACACAACUCCCCUGAAAAUCCUGGGUUCCUCAGUGUUAAACAAAAAGAACAAUACACGGUACUAGUUUGAACUAUUUGGAAGCAAUUUUUUUUGUUUGUUUAUUUGUUUAACUACCAACAGAAGCAAAAGGAAAAAAAAGUACAUUGAAGGCUUUAUUUCGUAUCCUCCAUCUACUAAUUUAGUGUGAUAGAUGAGAGACACAGAACCUUUUUUUAAAAAAAUCAAAAGAACACUGGAAGAAUUGUAAGUGUUAAUAUGUGAAAUAAAAAAGAAGUCCCACCCA